AGAGGGGCGUAGGUCGGCUACAGGUUGAGUCACUUGAGUGAGUGGAGAGCUGCCAGGGCGCUGCAGCCUCUCGGUUCCUGCCGCUCCUUGAGUUUAGCCCUUAAGCGUACAAUACAGAAACUCGGUGCUACAGGACACCACUCAGCGAGCACUUCGAAUAGCCAGAAACGCAGAAAGAGAGGGCGCAAGACGCGAUGCCUCCUCCCGCGCCAGCAGGGUCCUUGCUGAGGCCCGACCUCCGCAUCUUCCAGGUCUUCGGGGCCAACACUGACGUUGGCAAGACGAUAUGGACCACGAUCCUCUGUAGAGCGUCCAAUUGCGAUACCGAGACCACAACGUGGUAUCUCAAACCUGUCUCGACAGGUCCAGCCAAUGCGGCAGAUGCUAAACAUCUGAGAACAUACGCUCCAGGGGUUGUCAGUGAGACUCUAUUUCAAUAUGAUCUUGCAGUCAGCCCGCAUCUUGCUGCGAGAGUGUCGAACAGACCCACCCCUUCGGACCAGGCUCUCAUAAGGUCGGUUCGGGAUUUUGCCAUGGGUUGCAUCCCCUCAGGCUCUGGCUGGCUUUUCAUCGAGACGGCUGGUGGCGUGCAUUCUCCGGGCCCGGCUGGCUCGACCCAGGCCGAUCUGUACAUGCCCCUUCGGCUCCCAGUUAUCCUCAUUGGAGACCACAAACUCGGCGGUAUAUCGCUUUCCAUUUCCGCGUUUGAGUCCCUCCGGAUGCGUGGGUACGACAUCGUGGCGGUGCUGCUGUUUGAGGGCGAAGAAUAUAAGAACCACGAGUACCUCACCGACUACUUCAGGCGCCAUCAUGCAGUGCACCUGGGAGUAAUCCCGUCCCCGCCACUCAUGGACUCGGGUCCGCAAGCCAUGGAGCAUUACUACCAGGAGGUUAGCAGCCAGAAGCAGGUUGCCGCCGUCGUGACCCUUCUCAGGGAGUACCACGAUAACCGUAUUCGCCGUCUGCGGGAGAUGGCGGUCAUUUCAUGCGAAAAGAUAUGGUUUCCAUUUACUCAACAUGGCACAUUACUCUCCGAGGACGUCACAGUUAUCGAUUCGGCUUAUGAGGACCAUUUCCAAACCCUGGCAACUCAGUCCAAUCCGGCCCUGCAGGCCCAAGGGGUCCUGCGGCCGACAUUUGAUGGAUCAGCCUCCUGGUGGACGCAGGGUCUCGGCCAUGGUAACCCGAAGCUUGCGCUUGCCGCAGCAUACGCAGCGAGCCGAUAUGGGCACGUCACAUUCGCCCAAGCCGUACACGAGCCGGCGCUGACCCUGGCUGAGAUGCUGCUUGACGGGCUCCAAAACCCCCGUCUGACUCGUGUAUUCUUCUCGGACAAUGGCAGCACCGGGGUGGAAGUCGCCGUCAAGAUGGCGUUGCGAGCCACCUGCAACAGGUAUGGCUGGGGAACAUCGAAAGAUGUCGAAGUCCUUGGCCUCCGGGGGAGCUACCACGGGGACACGAUCGGCGCGAUGGACUGCUCAGAACCGAACACGUUCAACGAGAAGGUUGAAUGGUACAGCGGCAGGGGGCUUUGGCUGGAGUACCCGACCGUACAGUGCGCCAAUGGCCAAUGGGUGGUUGAGCUCCCUCCCAUCAUGGCGCCUGGGGGAACCAAGAGCAUCGAGUUCCGCUCGCUCAGCGAGAUCUUUAACGUCAAACGCCGGAAAGGGCAACUCCAAGAGCUGUACGUACGGUAUAUACUGGACACACUUGGGCAUUCCAAUAAUUUGACGCGCAAGUUCGGGGCCCUCCUUCUCGAGCCGAUUGUCCUCGGAGCAGGUGGCAUGGCCCUGGUGGACCCCCUUUUCCAGAGAACCCUGGUAGAAGUAGUGAGACAGAGGGGAGUUUUGUUUUCCAACUCGGAGCCCACCGGGUACCCUCCUAACGAGCCGAGAGACAAAAACGACUGGUGCGGUCUACCUGUUAUUUUCGACGAGGUAUUCACUGGGCUCUACCGCUUGGGACACUUCAGUGCGGCUUCAUUCCUCGGCGUCCAUCCAGACAUAUCUGUCCAUGCCAAGCUGUUGACCGGAGGUCUUCUCCCACUUGCUGUCACGGUCGCAUCGGAGGGUAUCUUCAAAGAGUUCGACGGCGUAGAUAAGAGUGAUGCGCUGCUGCACGGGCAUAGCUAUACUGCCCAUCCCGUUGGCUGUCAAGUGGCGCUCGAGAGUGUUCGCACGAUGCGCAAGAUGGAGUCGGAAAGAAAAUGGGACUGGGCAAGCGGGCAAGACAACGGCUGGGCCGAGGAUCUCGACGGUCAAGCUGACUUCAAGGACCACAACGGCAGUGCCAAGUGCCCACAUGUCUGGUCAGUCUGGAGUGCCGAGUUCGUCAAGUGGCUGUCUAAACAAAAGAGCACUCCAUCCAAGCGGGUUAAAGGUGCAUGGGCGCUGGGAUCGAUCCUGGCGAUUCACCUUGAUCCUGAUCAAGGCACGGUUGGCUAUGAGAGCAAUGCUGCGGCGGGAAUCAAGAAUGCUCUUUUGCAGGCAAACGGUCUUGAGGACGGUAUCGCCUGGAACGUCCACAGCAGGGCUCUGGGAAACGUUUUCUAUGUCAUGGCGAGCCAGGUGACCUCAAAGGAGAGCAUUGACCGUCUAGAGUUCCUCAUGCGCUCGUUUUUCAGCGGAAACUGACAGAACUGCCCGUAGGUGCAUCGCUGAAAAGGGCUCCUGACAUGGGAAAAUGUUCGACGAGGAUGAAGAUAUAAAAAGAUCAU